AUGGAUGGAGACUGCAACUUCCAGUAUUCCAGCCUGCUGCUGCAGGGCUUCCCAGAGGAAGAAAUCCAGGAAGCUGGGCCAGAGGACAGGGAGGCUUCCCAUCAAAAUGGCCUCAGUCUGGACAUGACCUUAAUGGAGGGUCUGCGCCAUGACCUCAGUGCUAAGGCAGCAGUGUGUGCUGCGUGUGGAGAGAGCAUCUACGACCGUUACGUGUUAUUCGCAGUGGACAGGCCGUGGCACGCUCGCUGUCUCAAAUGCUGUGUGUGUGAUCUCGCCCUGGGCUCCGAGCUGACCUGUUUCUCAAAAGACGGUGACAUUUACUGCAAGGAUGAUUACUACAGGAGGUUUUGCGUUAAGCAGUGCUCCCGCUGCCACCUGGGAAUCCCAGCCUCGGAGAUGGUGAUGCGAGCAAAGGAGGAGGUCUACCACGUCAGCUGCUUCACAUGUGCCAUCUGCGGUGAGGCGCUGGUGACUGGCGAUCUCUUCGGCACCCGCCAGGGCCUGGUCUACUGCCAGGCCCACUUUGAGCUGCUGUGCCGGCAGGAGGAUGAGGCCAGGCUGAUGGAUGGCCUCUCUGAGCUGGCCUUCAGGGUGGAUGAAGGGGUCUCGGUGGGUCAAAGGGACAAUGACUGGCACACACGGAGGGGCAGUGCCCGCAAGAGGAGAGGUUCCAGGCACCACACCGAGGGAGACGACUUCAGUCAAGUCUGCCCUGAGACGGGGCAGCCACUGGAGGAGCUGCGUUACUGUGGCCAGCAGAAGGCGAAACGCAUCCGUACCUGCUUCAAGCACCACCAGCUCCGCACCAUGGAGUCCUACUUUGCCAUCAAACACAACCCGGACGGCAAGGACUGGGAGCAGCUCUCCAAGAAAACCGGCUUACCCAAGCGGGUGCUUCAGGUGUGGUUUCAGAAUGCUCGGGCCAAGCUGCGGAAGAGCCUGCUGCAGGAGGAGACCACAGACAGCGACACCGUGUCCGAUCCUCAGGAGCUGCCUCAGUCGCCGUCCGCCCAGCAGACCCCUGGAGUCCUGGGACCCCCCAGCCCUCUCUUCUCCAGUCCCAGCAGCAUGUCCACAUGCUCCCAGCCACCCAGGCCCACCAUGGCUCCCAUCUUCCUGAACUUUGACCCAGCGGAGUCUCCUGACUCCCUGCAGACCAUCGACCGCUCCAAGCUAUGCUAA